UAUCCCCGUCAUGCUGCAGGUAUUUCGUCGCAACCAUCCUGCAGUUCCAGUUCCACGAGCGACUGUGCGAAGUCGGAGGAAUCGCGACCCCUGACAACGGCGUGCCGGUCUACCAAUGCGACAUCUACAAAAAUAAGAAAUCUGGUGACCAGCUCAAGCUGCUCCUGCAUCCCGGGCGCUCCAUCCCGUGGACGGAGCAGCUUGCGAACUUCAUGGGGACUGGGGAUGGUAACAUGACCUCCGCCUCCAUCAAGAACUACUUCAGCCCUCUGGAGGAGUUCCUCGACUCCGAGAUCGCAGCGAAAGACAUCCACAUGACGUGGGAUGAGGACGUGGACAAAUAUUUCGUACAGCACAUCCCCCCGACCGUGCCCAUCGUUGUCGGCAUCGUGUUGUGCGCCAUGAUUGUCGUAGUUGUCGUCGCUUACUUCGUCGGUAAGAACAGGAACCAGAAGAAAGCAGAACAGGCGAAGCAACAGGCAACAACAGAGAAGAAAAGUGGCAGUGUCAACCCUGGUUUUGAGAUGGCAGAAACUAAGAGCAACAGCAGCGGUGGCAGUGGUGGUAGUGGGGGCAGUUAGAUUAAAAUGCCACGACACGUAAGCUGAAAUCGUCAAAGCAAAACGUUAUACUCAGAAUAAACAUGAUGCUAGAAGUAACGUAAGAAUUAGGCUAAGCAUAAUAUCAAAUUAAAGAGUACAUUCGUGGGGAACCUUGUCAUCAACAUUUCUACAGCUCUGUGCCAAUAUCAAUACCAUGUCAAGUUAAACACCCAAUACCGUAAUCAACCGCCCCCCGUUCCAAUGAAGCGUUGGGAUGUACAUUUUACUAAAUUGACCUCUUUUUCGGUUUCUAAAACUGCCAUUCUAGCAACCAUUAUUUCAAUUGUAAGCCAGAUUUCGAUUGUAAACCAGAAGAUCAGCGGUUUUAUUAUUGGUUAAUUAAAAGCAAUAAUUACAGUAAAUAGCUAUCUUAACAUCCCUGCUUCCUCAUGUAUUUGAUGGGUCACGGUGAAUCUACAGUUCAUCUAUGGAGUGAACAAGAUGCUCCCGCUAAAUUCUGUUCCGUUAAGAAAUUGAAGGGACUUCUUGCUGUAAGAAUUUGCGAUAAUAUAAUAAAGUAGAAGACUUGUGACAGAAGCUUCUCCUAGCUUGCCUGAGCUCCAUCAAGGCCCAAUGUUUGAGUUCGCACUCCAGCAGGCAUAUAUCUAACAUACAAGGAGAUUAUAUUUGUGAGAAUUUACAUUUAUUUGUUAAUGAAUAUGAACAUCACAUUUAUUAUUGCGAGUUAUUAAGCUGGGUAAUAUUCGUAGAGAAGUUCAGAUUAGCGUAGUAGUGGAUAUUGGUGUCAGUGUUGAGUAGGACAAAUCCGGCCUCAUACCUAUCAUAGACAUUGUAGAAUUUUUCCAGGUUGCUGAGGGCUUAGUCCAGCAACUUAUUGCGCCUAUAUUGCUAUUCUUUUCCACUUGGCCACUCGAACUCACUGCUCAAAUCUUGGUACUUUGAACUUCAACCACUCGGCCACCCAAUCUAUAGUAUACCAAUCAUGUUUUAGUGGGCAACAUGAGCUGCCUAACCAUGAAAAAUUAUUGUGCAACGUUAAGAAAUAUAUCAAUCUUAGAAUUUGUGUAAAACCUAAUGGGUAAUUGGAUUCAAAUAUAAUAUAGACAAUU